CAUCAUUGAUGCGCUCUCUCCAGCUGCAGCAGCACUUGUUGAAUUCAGCCCUGGGAGAGACAGAGGGAGAAAGAGAGAGAGAGAGAAAGAGCGUGAGGGUGAGUGAAAGGAGAGAGAGAGCGAGGGAGAAAAUCUUUAAAAGAGAGAAACAGUGGGAGAGGGAAAAGCUCAGAGCGCUGAGUGAGACAGAGAGCAAGGCUUUGAGACAGAUGAAGAGCAUCAGAGCGCUUUUUUCUCUCUCCUCCUUUCUACUCUUCUGGUCCUGGCGUGCGAAAGCUUCAUGAUGUCCCUUUCUCUGGCCUUGUCUGUGGUGACUCUCUGAAGCCUCUUCCUCCUCCACCUCCUCUUCCUCCACCACCAUGUCCCAGCUGCUCCACUUGGAGAUCCCCAACUUCGGCAGCACGGUGCUGGGCUCCCUCAAUGAGCAGCGCCUGCUCGGUCAGUACUGCGAUGUCUCCAUCCUGGUUAAAGGCCAGGCCUUCAAGGCCCACCGGGCUGUACUAGCCGCCAGCAGUCUCUACUUCCGAGACCUGUUCAGCAGCUCGUCCAAGAGUCAGUUCGAGCUGCCCUCGUCGGUGACUCCCGCCUGCUUCCAGCUGAUAUUAUCCUUCUGCUACACGGGAAAGCUGACCAUGGCAGCCAGCGAGCAGCUGGUGGUGAUGUACACCGCCGGGUAUCUUCAGAUCCAGCAUAUUGUGGAGCGGGGCAUGGACCUGAUGUUUAAGGCCAACUCGCCCCACUGUGACUCUCAGACGGCAGCCAUGGAGGAGCAGCAACCAGGCUCAGAGCCCCAGAGCCCCAGUAACAACACACUGGCCGGGUCAGGGACGUCCAUCCUGGGGCUGCCGGGCUGGUCCCCCUCCCUGGUGCAGCCCACGCGGAGGAUCAAACUGGAGGGGUGCGAUCCAUUGCCCAGCCUGAGUCACCAUAAGAAAGGGUCCUCUUCAUCUGAGCCGGGAGGGCGGCUCUCCAAGGGAAGCUCAUUGUUCUACACGGGGGCGGGGGGAACCACCAUCUUCCCGGGGAUGCAGCCCUAUCCAGUGGCCGGGGGAGAGAGGUCCAGUCCUGGGGCCUCCAGCCUGCCUACCACGGACAGCCCAACCUCCUACCAGAAUGAGGAUGAGGAGUUUGAGGAAGAGCCGUACGACGGGAUCACGGAAGAGGCCUACAGUCAGAUCUAUGGGCGCUCAGCCAACCCAUACGGAAUCCAGGAAAAGCCAGAGAUGGCAGCCAUGCCCCUGUCCCUGGAGAGCCGCUCCUGUGUGCUGAUCCGUAGGGACCUGGUGGCCCUGCCCGCCAGCCUCGUCAGCCAGAUCGGCUACCGCUGCCACCCCAAGCUCUACACCGAAGGAGACCCGGGGGAGAAACUGGAGCUGGUAGGAGGUACAUCUGUGUUUAUGACACGGGGCCAGCUAAUGAACUGUCACCUGUGUGCUGGCAUCAAACACAAAGUCCUACUGCGUCGCCUGCUCGCCACCUUCUUCGACAGGAACACCCUGGCUAACAGCUGUGGGACUGGCAUCCGCUCUUCUACCAGUGACCCCAGUAGGAAACCUCUGGACAGCCGUGUGCUCAACGCUGUCAAACUCUACUGUCAGAACUUUGCACCCAACUUCAAAGAGAGCGAGAUGAACGUGAUUGCCGCAGACAUGUGCACCAACGCUCGGCGCGUCCGCAAACGCUGGCUACCCAAGAUCAAGUCCAUGCUGCCUGAUGGUAUGGAGGUCUACCGGGCUGGUGUGGGGGUGGCCGCUGGUGUGGGCCUGGGCCUGGCCCUGGGGGCCGCUGGACCCGGGGUGGUGCUCCCUUUCGAAACCGAUUUUAAAUCCCUGACCCCCUCUAGCCUGUCCCUGGACCAGAGGCUGUACUCGGAGCAGAAGGACCCACGCAGGACUCACUCUCUGUUGGAUACAGUCAGCCCAGGGUUGGGGGAGGCUGGAGGGGAGGGCGUGGACGCAGAAAUUGUCGGUCCCCAGGCAGGGGAGGAGGAGCAGGAGGAAGAGGAGGAGGAGGAGGAGGCUGUGUUAGAGGGGGGCUUGAUGCCAGGAGGCGAGGCCGGGGGGCGGGGUGACAUGGCCCCAGGACAGGAAGGGAAGGAGUUAGGAGAGGACCUGAGAAUGAACGGGCAGUGAACAUCCUCUGACGUCUAUCUCUCCAUCCACCGCCACAUGUUCUUUCGCUCGCUCUUUCUCUCCUCUUCCACCCCUCUUCCUCCGCCCUUUCCUAAGGUAACCUCUCAGUACAAAAAGCCAUGCUCUCAAAACUUACAGUACAACACACACACACUGUGUAUUCUUUAGCAGGGCAGGGAGUACAAGAUGUGUUAUGUUGAACAGACACAAGCAUUGCUGGGGAACAAACAGAAUGACUUAGCGAGAAUAAAAAUGCUCUCAUUUGAACAUGGAAGAACUUUACUUUAGACCUGAGACAUCAGGUCAUUUUCUCCUGAAUAUUUUUAGUAUUCAUCUUCAAGACCACAUUGUAGUUAAAACUGAACAAAGUAACACUGUUGUGUUACCAUUCCUGCAUAGUUGUAGAACUUGCUACACAACAGUAACAGUUACUGUACAUCUAUGGAGUGUGUCUCAGAUAAGACUGUAAAAUGAUAGUCCUCUUUCUAGGAAAGCAGCAUGGGUUCUAUAAAUAACCUAAGUAACCAUGAAACAGAUCACACUGCUCUGGCUGUGUGAGAGACUAAACAUACAGUACUCUACAGGAGCAACAUGGCUCAGUGUAUUUUAUACAAAUUACCAUAUUCCUUCUUGAUGUGCCACACAAAUUCUUGGAAGAAAUAAUAUGAUCUCAUCGCAACAUACAGCAAAUCAGUGGAACAAUUUCAUGUUGGGGAAAAAAUAGCAUGUGAUGUUGUGAGAGAGAGAGAGAGAGAGAGAGAGGGAGAGAGAGAGAAGAAACUUUUAACCUCCCUUGCUUAAGGGUUGUGGUUUUCCACGCCAUUGAAAAAAUUAUCUGGAAACACGAAGAGCUUUUGUCUAUGGAUCAUCCUUAGACAAAAUGACGUCAUCUUCGAUUGGCCAGUCAAUGCAAUGCCUGUGUCUUUUAACGGAUAGACACACGUACAUACAGAACAUAUACAUACACACACACACACACACACACACACACACACACACACACACACACACACCGCACAAUCACUGUUCCCACCCACCUUGUGAUUUUAACCUCUAAUACAGUACUGAUGCAUCUGAGACUCUGACAAAUCAGCUUAACAGUGCUUGCAAACUUAGCAUACCCUUACAAUAGUACACAGUAACACAGACUGAGUCAUGGAAAUGUCAGAGACACGAACAUGCGCUAACACAAAGCUUGCAUGCAAAAACGAAUUCAGAGAAUCUAAAAUACAUCAACAACAGAGCCACUUAUGAAUAUGCAUACAGAAAAGAAACAACAGCUGCAGUUGCCUGAGGAUAUAUCAUUAAUAUGGAAGGAGAUACCUUUUAUAUAUGCGUUUCUUUUCAGAGUCAUGCAUUUCGCCUGUGUUUCACCCAGGUUUGUGUAACUUGGGUAUGGCCUGGCUUUCAUCUGGGGUGGAGGGCACUAGAGACAUGCUGAAUUGAGCAUACUACAUAGUAGUGAGGACUUCAAAGUGAGUUGCAGGUGAAAAGCACGGUUUUACUAACGUUACAGCGUGCUCGAAAGGAUCAGCACUAAGACUACAGCACCCAGCCUACAGCUUUCUUGCAUCCGGUAUUUGUUUUUUGUAAAUUAUUGAAUGAAACUAAUAUGAUACAUUUCUGUUGGCUUAUUGCAUUUGCACUUGAAGAGGUUAUAGGAAGAGAUUGAUGGGGAGCUUAUGGAGCUGCCUAGACUGUUCUAAAGAAGUAGGCUAACUGAAAUUUGCCCCCAUAUCUCCCUGUUCGAUUGGAGGAUUUGAGGUUUGUGGACUUGGACGGUCGGUCAUGCUGACGACGACUGUUGCUCUACGGCAGGGGGGAGACGAGAGACAAAAUGUUGCACAGCGACAUUUACUAGUUUUGUUGCACUUUAGUUUUUAUAUAUUUUGUCUGUUCUCGCUCUGUUACGUUUUGCCAAAAGUAGGGAAGGAGUCUAUAAAUAGCUUCUAACGAUAAUGGUUGGUCGAUAACCCACCGGAAUUAGUUGCUUGGGGUAACACAUUGAUAGGCCUAUCAGACACCCACACUGUAUGUUGUAGUUUAUGAAUGUGUACUUGAUCAUAAGACCUGGGUAAAAACAUGAGGUAAGGAGACAGUAGAAUUUGAGUGGUCCCAAAAACCUAAAUAAUCAACUUCCAAGCCUUCUGAAAAGCCUUGCUUUGAAUUGUUGUCUUAUAAUCGCAUGAUGCAAAAGCACAUCAUGGUUUUUAUAUGUUAUUGUUCUAUAUUAAGUGAAAACAAGAUUGAUCUGGUUUUAGAAACGAAUAUCAUUUGGUCCUCAAUGUCAAUCGACUACAGCCUACACUAAGCCAAGAUUCAAGACGCUGGCAGUUAUCAUAUUGGCUUGGGAUCUCAUAACAACGAAGCAAGAGAGAACAAACAAGAUCACAUUUCCUCUGUCAAAUUCAAAUGCUUUAUUAUAUGUGCCAUUUUUUUAGACUGGGCCCGUUAUGUUGUGUUGAUCUAUAUGAUCCUGUUGUAUGGUUAUUUUGGGGAGGCAUUAACAUGGUCCGGUUUCUUUAAUAAGGAGCACAGGGUUAUAAUUGCACUAGGUAAUGAGAAAACAAAAAUGUUUACAAGAGUAUUUUUUUUUGAGAAAUGUGACCUGCAAUGGAGAAUAAGGCAGGGGAGGGGGAUGGGUGAAUGGGUGUGUGGGACUAUGGGUAAAUGUGAACUGUAGAAUUGCUUCACUUAGCCUUGGUAGAGUACGGGAACAGUACUGUACAGUAAAAUACAGUAUCUUGGUACCACAAGAGAAAACUAUUUUCUAGCACCUUGUACAGUGUUGUAUGUACUCAUUUAAAAGUGGGCCGGAGAAUGGAAUAACAUGACACUUCUUUGAAAACAAAGGUGGGGUAUCUGACUUUCCCUCUAAAGGCCACUAGAGCUGCUGUGAUUUCAAUAAAGAAGGACUGUGAAAGUCUUCCAUUGUGGAAAAUCUCCAAAUAUACAGUCAAACUAGCAAUGUUUGUACUGUAGGCCUAUAUACUUAUUCUAUCCACAUCCUGACAAGAAACCAAUUAUCUUCCUUGUUCUCAAUCUCUAUUCAUCUGUAAGUAAACCUGCUUGUUGCAAAUCACUAAUAAGAUAGGAAAGAUAGACUGUAAACCAAACCUGUAAUAUAGAGGUAAUAACUGCAAAUCGACUCCUUUGGUCUAUUUGCAUGUGCAACCACUACUGGCUCUAAGGGAAAGUGAAAUGGCUUUCCAGUAAAAUACUGUCAUUAGGGAGGUGAGUUUUCCUGUUCUGAAGAAGGGGUGGGGAUCAGUGCCUUAAUUGAGACUGCAGGGGGAGAGAGUGUUGUGCAUAGUCACCAUCUGUUUGCAUUGGGACAUCAACAAAUACAGAAACUAGCUUUAGAGUUCUAAUGACAUAAUGGAGAGUUUUGUGUACAGUUCUGAAUGCUAAGGUAAAUGAUGCUGACAGUAAAAUAGGCUCUGUUUUCUCAGAAUACAUUGGCAGGUGAGGUUAGGAUGUGGGAGGUGUCUUGCUUUUUCUUGGAAAAUAACCCCUAAGGCUUUACUGUGUUCUUGUAAGCAAAUAAUAAUAAUGAUUUUGGACUUAAGCCCCGAACCAUUUGCCUUCCUAAAUUUCAGCAAAAUAUGUGUAAAAUGGAGAAAAACAAUACUGUGACAUUUUGCAUGGAAAUGCUUGUAUAGGUCUAGAGAAUCUGACAGACUACAAUAGUGACAUAUUAUCACAUAUAUUAGAAACCUUUGUUAGUUUCAUGCUACUGGAUGGUAUAACAACCAGGUUUACUCCAUGACUUGUCAGUAGUGGUCUAUACUGCCUGAGUGGCAGGAUAUUUAGUUAUUGGUGUCACUUUGUUAUUUCAAAACCACCUGGAUAACAUGUGAACUUGAUCAAUCUGCAAGAUAUAUCACACACUCAAACAGUUAUCACCAUAAAUGUCCAGAAAGACUGAAAAAGCUUCAGAUGACCCGUGGAGUAGGCUACAGUAGUACAGACUUUCACCCAUAGGAACCCUUAUGUACAUUCUUUUUGUUUAUUUACCUUUUUUUAAUGCUUCAACUUGUUUAUAUCUGAUCCGCUUCCUGCCUACCUUUCUGCAUCUUCUGUACCUGAUUCUGUCCAAGCCCCCAAAAAACACCCUCACAAACUGUAUUCUUAGCUCUCGCCCUAAAGUCUUUUUGUGGGGGUGAAGUUGGAAAUGAAAUGAUGUUGCACUAGAAAACUGAGUGAAGCUCAGAGAAUGUCAUGGCUAACCUAAAGAGAAUGAGCUCUUUUUGUGGUGGCUGAAGAAAUAAUGUUCUGUCCCAUAUGUAACAUAAUACAAUGCUAUAAUUUACAAUGUUUACGUUAGUGUAGCACUUUGCUAUUUCUUCAAAUAGAGGCCUAUUGACUACCAGAAAUCAGCGAUAAUCUGACAUUGCAUUUUGGUCCAGCUUGUCCAACAAAACCUAUGAAUUCAAUGAGUAGGAUAGAAUAUGGGAUUGUGCUGAGUGGGUGUGUAAAUCCACCAUUUUGGCAAUGCAAUGUGAACAGUCUGCACACAGUAAUCUGAGCUGUUAAGUGUUCCCCGUAACCAAUUGCUUUGUGUGGCAUUUGGUUACCCAAUUCCUACAGUACACACUUCUACACAGCUCUAACUCAGUACCCCUGGUUUGGCUGUUAGUCCAGAAAGGAGAGGUUCUAAAAUACAGUAACUACAAUUCCUUUCAUAUGGAUUUUCGACAUGUUGAAAUAGGGUCAGCCUCAGUAACAACAGGCUUUUUGUUCAAUGUCUGUAAUGCAUGCUGAUACCCAGACACCCAUUAUUCCUACCUUGUUGAAGUCUAUGAUCUUGACACAUUUUACUUCUAAGUUAUAUCAAGCUCUUUGCUAUGGUCGCUUCUGACAAAGCAGACGGCCAUGAAUGAGUGUCCAUUUUGUCUACCAAUACAAAACCUAAAGACUGUUAGCAUAAACCCACCCAGCUUACUACAGUAAGGUCUGAGGAAUUGGAAGACUGACUAUUGCAAUGGAUGUGCAUGUGAACCUAUGGACAGACUAAGAAAAUAACUGCACUAAGUUUGUUUGUUUGUCUUUGGACAUAAUGCCAUUAAAAUAAAGAAUAAAUAUAUUUAAUAAAAAAAAUGUAAGAGUGAAGGUUGGAGGACAGACUUAAGUCUCUGGGAGCAACCUUCAAAGCCAUGUGCUCAGAGCGCUGACAAUCAGAACAGGGAAGACCCACGUGCACUAUGGGAGAUCUGUCAUCAAUAGCUGGGCUCCUGCUAAUUCCUGCCUUGUUGCUUCCAGCUUUGCUAUUGGUCCAUGAGAGCUACUUACUCCAGAGUGGAGGCCUGUGGCAGUUCCAACUCCAGCCCUCAGGAUUGCCUGGGCCAGUGUUCCCCAACUCCGGUCCUCGAGUAGCCCUAACAGCACACCGUUUUGUUUUAGUCCCGGACAAAAACACCUGAUUCAACUUCUCAAAGGCUUGAUGAUAAGUUGAUAAGUUGUCUAGGGCCACAACAAAAAUAUGUACUGUUGGGGGUACUCGAGGACCGGAGUUGGGAAACACUGGCUUAAGGCAACUAUUGGUUCUCGGUGCACCUCUCUCAGCUACUGUAGAUUUGAUUGAGAACCUGAUUGUUUUUAGAUAGAAGUUCCCCUUAAGUACUGAUUCAGGACCUGCUGUGUUUUUACUCCUAAAUGUCAUGUUCAGGAUGAGGGUAGUUUAAGCUGAUCCUAGAGCAGCGCUUUGGGGUGACUUAGCCUACUUGACAAAUCUAUAGGACAAGUGACUUGACAUUUGUCGAUCUCUUAAAGAUUGGGUUCCAAAGGGUUGGAACCUGGCAAAAUGGUUUUAAUGGAACUCUGUGACUGCUUUAUAUUUUAAAAGACGAUGAUUAAAAUGUGUAUGCGCUUUCUAACUCAAGCAUCAAUAAUAUAUACAAGACAAACACAUGAUGCCACUUUUGAUGUUGCAUAAAGAAUACAAAAUCUCCAUCCCCGUUAUGUUUUUUCCUUCCACCAUCAGUUUUAGUUGAGGUUGACAUUUGUGUAGUUCAAGAGUAACUGAUUUCUUUCAAAUGCAACAUUGAGAAGUCUGCUUUUUAAUAAAACUCCUUACUUCACCAUA